CUCACUUUCUUCCUUUCACAUUCCUCCCUCUGCACAAGUAAGUGAUGGCGCAAAUACUGUUACACGGGGUUCUCCACGCCACCAUCUAUGAGGUCGAUAAGCUCAAGACUCGUGGUGGCAAUAUUUUGACUAAGAUCGUAACAAACAUAGAGGAAACUGUUGGUUUUGGAAAAGGAGUUACUAGAUUUUAUGCAACCAUUGAUCUCGAGAAGGCACGAGUGGGAAGGACCAGAAUUAUAGAAAAGGAGCAUCAUAAUCCUCGAUGGUACGAGUCUUUUCACAUUUAUUGUGCCCAUAUGGCAUCAAAUAUCAUAUUCACUGUGAAAGAUGAUAAUCCUAUUGGGGCAACCUUAAUUGGGAGAGCAUAUGUUCCUGUUCAAGAGGUCUUGGGUGGUGAGGAAAUAGACAGAUGGGUUGAAAUCUUGGAUGAGCAUAAAAAUCCUAUACAUGGACAUUCAAAGAUCCAUGUAAAGCUGCAAUAUUUUGAUGUUUCACAUGAUCGCAACUGGGCUCUUGGCAUUAGAAGUCCUAAAUUUCCUGGAGUUCCUUAUACUUUCUUCUCACAGAGACAAGGAUGUAAGGUUUCUCUGUACCAAGGUGCUCAUGUCCCAGACAAUUUUGUCCCCAAAAUACCACUUGCUGGAGGCCAGACAUACAAGCCUGACAGAUGUUGGGAGGAUGUUUUUGAUGCAAUCACUAAAGCAAGGCACAUGAUAUACAUUACCGGCUGGUCUGUUUAUACUGAGAUUACCUUGGUAAGGGAUUCUAGGAGGCCAAAGCCUGGAGGAGACACAACACUUGGUGAGCUUCUCAAGAAAAAAGCAAAUGAAGGCGUCAGGGUUUUAAUGCUCGUUUGGGAUGAUAGAACAUCAGUUGGUUUGUUAAAAAAAGAUGGGUUGAUGGCUACUCAUGAUCAAGAAACCGAGCAGUACUUCCACGGCACUGAAGUGCACUGUGUUUUAUGCCCUCGCAAUCCUGAUAACGGUGGAAGCAUUGUUCAGGAUUUAGAAAUUUCCACCAUGUUUACUCAUCACCAGAAAAUUUUGGUUGUGGACAGUGAGUUACCGAGUGGAGAGUCAGAUAAGCGAAGAAUUGUGAGUUUUGUUGGGGGUAUUGAUCUCUGUGAUGGAAGAUAUGAUACUCCCUUCCAUUCACUUUUCAGAACCCUGGACACAGUACAUCAUGAUGAUUUUCAUCAGCCUAACUUUCCUGGUGCUACAAUAAAAAAAGGUGGUCCAAGGGAACCUUGGCAUGACAUCCACUCUCGGCUUGAAGGCCCCAUUGCUUGGGAUGUUUUGUUUAACUUUGAGCAGAGAUGGAGGAAGCAGGGUGGGAAAGACUUGCUUCUUCCACUGAGAGACCUUGAAGAUGUCAUUAUUACCCCAUCCCCAGUUACUUUCCCUGAUGAUCAUGAGACAUGGAACGUUCAGUUAUUUAGAUCUAUUGAUGGUGGAGCUGCUUUUGGGUUCCCAGAUACUCCUGAAGAUGCUGCAAGAGCAGGGCUUGUUAGUGGGAAGGAUAAUAUAAUAGAUCGUAGUAUUCAGGAUGCUUAUAUUAAUGCUAUUCGACGUGCAAAGAAUUUCAUCUAUAUUGAAAAUCAGUAUUUCCUUGGAAGCUGUUAUGCCUGGAGUGCUGAUGGUAUUAAGCCCGAAGACAUUGGUGCUUUGCAUCUAAUCCCGAAGGAGCUUUCACUUAAGAUUGUUAGUAAGAUUGAAGCUGGGGAAAGGUUCACUGUGUAUGUUGUGGUUCCAAUGUGGCCAGAGGGUGUCCCAGAAAGUGGAUCAGUUCAGGCAAUAUUGGACUGGCAGAGGAGAACAAUGGAUAUGAUGUACAAAGAUGUUAUUCAGGCACUCAAAGCCAAGGGAAUUGAAGAAGAUCCUCGCAACUAUUUGACAUUCUUCUGCCUUGGUAAUAGGGAGGUGAAGAAACAAGGAGAGUAUGAGCCUCCAGAAAAACCAGAACCUGAUUCAGAUUAUAUGAGAGCCCAAGAGGCUCGGCGCUUCAUGAUUUAUGUUCAUGCCAAGAUGAUGAUUGUUGAUGAUGAAUACAUAAUCGUUGGAUCUGCCAACAUAAACCAGAGAUCAAUGGAUGGUGCAAGAGACUCAGAGAUUGCAAUGGGUGCUUAUCAACCCUAUCAUUUGGCUAACAGGCAGCCAGCAAGGGGUCAGAUUCAUGGUUUCCGCAUGUCAUUGUGGUAUGAGCACCUUGGCAUGCUUCAUGACUCCUUCCUCCACCCUGAAAGUGAAGAAUGUAUUAGGAAGGUGAACCAGUUUGCUGACAAAUAUUGGGAUCUGUAUUCAAGUGAGUCGCUUGAGCAUGACCUUCCUGGUCACUUGCUACGCUAUCCUGUUGGGGUUUCCAGCGAAGGAAUUGUCACAGAGCUACCAGGAUUCGAGUUCUUCCCUGACACCAAGGCUCGUGUUCUUGGCGGUAAAGCUGACUACCUACCACCCAUCCUUACUACUUAGUUUCAUUUUGUUACUUUGUUCACAAAAUAUAGUACUUGUGGUGACCUUAAGAGUGAGCAAUAAUUGUAAUGUUCCUGUGAACAAUGUUUUUAUUUUUCUGAAUAUGGCCUCCCACAUUUUAGAAUCUGAUGAUUUGAUUGUUGUUGGCUUGUUAUUAUUAUGGAUGUAUUCCUGUUUUCUUAACCAUGUUUCUUUUGUAGCUGUCUUUGGCUGUUGUCUAACACUAUGAUAUCAUUGUUCAGGGCCCUUUUU